AUGAUGUUUCCACAAAGCCGGCACUCGGGCUCCUCUCACCUGCCGCAGCAGCUGAAGUUCACGACCUCUGACUCCUGCGACCGCAUCAAGGACGAGUUCCAGCUCCUGCAGGCUCAGUACCACAGCUUGAAGUUGGAAUGUGACAAACUAGCCAGCGAGAAAUCGGAGAUGCAGCGUCACUACGUCAUGUAUUAUGAGAUGUCCUACGGGCUGAAUAUUGAAAUGCACAAACAGGCUGAAAUUGUCAAGAGGCUAAAUGGGAUUUGUGCACAGGUUCUGCCCUACCUUUCUCAAGAGCAUCAGCAGCAAGUGCUGGGAGCCAUCGAGCGAGCCAAGCAGGUCACGGCGCCAGAGCUCAACUCCAUCAUCCGUCAGCAGCUUCAAGCUCACCAACUGUCGCAGCUCCAAGCCCUUGCCCUGCCUCUGACUCCUCUCCCCGUGGGCCUCCAGCCCCCGUCCCUCCCCGCGGUCAGCGCCGGCACCGGGCUCCUCUCCCUCUCGGCCCUGGGCUCUCAGGCUCACCUCUCCAAGGAAGACAAGAACGGCCACGAUGGGGAUGCUCACCAAGAUGAUGAUGGGGAGAAAUCAGAUUAAA